ACUUAAUUUGUAUAUACACACAUAUAUAUGUCAAUAAAAACGUCUUUUGGGUAUUGGUAUCCUAAUCAAACAGUCUCUUACGACUGCUUUUCGGCGGCGAUGGAAAUCUAUCACGACUAAUCAUUAUGUUCUUCAUCAUUGGCGUUAAUCCUGACUUGUCAGUAGUAGACCCUAUCUUCGUCGUUGGUCUCUUUGGUCUGUAUUCGCUCUGUGUUCUCAUUGCCUCUGAAGGUGGUCUACGAAGCUUCCCGGACGGAGUAUAAACAGCUGGUUGAAUCCGAGUAGGUGAUGGCGCGCUUUUUCGCUUAGGUGAAGUCGUAGGCGAACUAUAUUGUGACUGAGACAACGAAAACUGUGUUGUUUUCUUCGCUGAGUUUAGUAUCUCCUUCUGUUGAUACUCCAUUAUCCUUUUGUUUUGCUCCUUCAAACGGAAUCUCACAGCAGCUUUCUUUGUCGCUUCAUUCUCUUUCUCACUUUCACUCUCACUGUCGCUUUUGAGGUAGCUUCUGCGACCCCUGGUGUAACUGUCAAGGCUGCUGUCACUGCUCUCACCCAAUUCAACUACAUCUUUACUGAUGUCUGAAACGAAUGACUUAUUGAUGCUUCUAUCAAUAGUAGGGCUACCAUUGGAGCUUGAGCUUGAGCUCGAACUCGAACUUGUUGGUGUAUAUCUACGCUUAUCACGUGCGUAUCUGUCCCUUUUGUAGUCCUUUGUCUCAUACUCACUAUAUUUCUUCUCUUUCUCUGUCCAAAAUUUAUCAAAGCUAUUCUCAUUCUCGCUUUCAUCUUCAUAACGCUUCGCAAGUACUCUACUGAGUUCUUCAGAGUCACUGCUAUCAUUAUAAGAGUUUGAGAGGACUUCUGCAUCAUCUGAAGAUAUAUUUGCGACAUUCGGAACGCCAAGUGAUGAUCUCCUCCUAGCUUUGCUGUACUCAACACUAGAUCUUGGUCUGGAUUUUGAAAGUGCUGUAAGAGAUAAGCAUCUUGAUAGUUAUAGAUGACAACACGUACAUUUGAAAUUACUCGAUUUGGGAGCAUAUGAAGUACGCUUUUCGAGUAUCUCAACCGAAUCAUCACUUUGAUCAUCACUACGACUAGCCGAAUCAUCCUGCCAAUCGUUAUCGUCUGAUAGUUCAACUCUAUUCGACAUUUCAUAGUAGUGUUUUCGGGUAUCUUUGUAUAAAUCCUCAUGAUCAGCAUGUAAAUCUUUAUCAGCGAUAAGGAAUGCUUCUAAAUCUUCUUUAUCUUUAAUCAUACGUUGUUUCUGCAUUAAUUGUUGGUGUUGUUCAAGUAAUUCUCUCUCAUGUUCACUAUUGUCGUCUGAGUUGUCUUGAUCAUCAUCACCAUCAGUUUUAGAUCUACCACCGAAAGUAAUCCUUUCUAAAUUCCUCAAGUGACCUCUAUCUGAAAUAAUCUCACCAGUUAAGAUAUCAACUUCGUCGUCCACCUCUGCGUCAAUAUUGCCAUAUUUUGCAGCUAUUAAAUCCCAAGUAUUUCCUAACUUUAAAUUUGAUAUAUAUCUUUUAAAGUUUACGUCAUCUUCUGUAUAAUUCUUCUCUUCUUUAGAUUUUGCUAGUUCAGUGAAUUGAUCUGGUGGUUUAUAAUCUUUACUAUUAAAUGGUUUAGGAAAGUAACUCAUAUUAAUAAAUAAAUAUAAACUUUUUUUAUCUUUUUUCUAUCAAUUCUUGACGGUCGUAGUAGAAAUAAACUUUUAACUUAAACGCUCGUAGAAAUGCCUGGUCCAUCAAGGAGGAGUAGAACAGGUGCAUCAAAGAGAGAUAUACAUAGAGCAUCACGUACUAGAGCUCGUACAAAGGAUCUUGAUCAGGUUCAAUUGGAAGAUCUAUUACCUGAGAACAAGGCAAAACUUGAGAAUCAACCUUUAGAUGAAACUCUGCCUGGAUUAGGUCAACACUACUGUAUUGAAUGUGCAAGGUAUUUUGAAUCAGACGUUGCACUCAAGGGACAUACAAAGACUAAAGUACACAGGAGACGUCUAAAAGAUCUCAAAGAACCUGCUUACACUCAAGCAGAGGCUGACGCUGCUGUCGGUUUAGGCGUUGAUAAGACACAACGGAGUUUGAACAACGACGGACAAGCUAUAAAAAUAGACUCUUAAUGUACUUAUGAAAUUGUAUGUAUCUAUAGAUUAUUUAUGCAAAC